AUGGCGGCAUUGAUGUCCGUUCUGGUAGCUGGUCUCGCCAUUUUCGGAGGCUAUACGUAUGGCCCAGUCGCCAAACGUAUGGCCACGCUUAUCGGCUUCGGACGAGAGGCUGUCAACACCCCAGUUCUGCAUGGUGGAGACUUUAUUGCCAUUGAAGAUACGGUUCAUUGCGAAGACAUUCAUCACCAUGUUCCAAGCGGGUUUCUAUUCACUGCCUGCGAGGACGAUGAAACGACCCGUGCCUUGUGGUUCCCCGGCUUAGGCCACCUUGAUGAUCCGGUUAAAGGCAGUAAACAAAAAGGGUCCAUUCACGUCAUUGAUCCUAAGGAUAUGACUCAAAAACGUCUUCGAUUUGAGAACUUUGACAGCACUUUCGUCACUCACGGUAUCGAUGUUAUCUCGGACCCUCAAAAGCCGGAAGCAGUCUACAUCUUUGCCAUCAGUCAUGUACCGCAUCCCGAGUACCUAGCCACUAAGAUUGGUGGUCAGGACAAGCAGAAAGUCGUUCAGAAGUCCCUGUCUCGCGUCGAGAUUUUCCAUCACAUCUUGGGGUCAUCCACUGUCAAGCAUGUGCGCACUGUCAUUCACCCGUUGAUAAAGAAUCCGAACGAUAUCGUUGCUGAGGAUCCGUACUCAUUCUAUGUCACGAAUGACCACUAUAACUCCGAAGGUAUCGGAAGAUUGAUUGAGGAUCUAUUACCUAUCACAUCGUGGACCACUACCAUCCACGUCCGCGUUGAGGAGAUGUCCGCCCUUCUCCCCACCGAUGGAAUCAAAGCGGCGGUGGCUCUAUCGGGGCUUCGAAACAACAACGGUUUGGGUCAUGGUCGAAAGCCUGGAGAGAUUAUUGUCGAUAAUUGUGCCGCUGGGGAGAUCCACCUCGGCCAGCCCUCCUCGGACCCGAAAAAUACCAGCAUCAGCUUUACGGAAACCAUCAAAGUGGACAGCUACAUCGACAAUCCUUCUUGGUUUGAGGACCCUUACCGAUCCGAAAUUGUAGAUGCCAGUGGCUUCGUUCUUGCGGGCGUGUCGCGGCCGAUUGAGGUUCUGAAGCGGGCUAAAGAAGCAAAGCCCCAAAUCGGUUCGAUCGUGUGGUACGUUAAGCCGAACGCGGGAGUCACAGGUGGCUAUGAGAAACGAGUCUUGUUCGAAGAUGAUGGGACAAGAAUAAGCUCGGCUGCAACUGCGGUCUUGGUAGCUAUUGACCCGAGUCAAGAGAAGGGUAAGAGGAAGGCAUGGCUCUUCAUCACAGGUUUCUUGUCUAGCAGUGUCGUUGCCGUCAAAGUGGACCUCUGA